CGAACGUCGCACUUCGUUAAAUUCUUAGUUUUCACGAGAAGAAAGUGUGUUUACGAUGGCUUCUGGUGAAGCACCCCCACCAUAUGGAGAAUAUUCACAGCCGCCUCCCCCAGCCUACCCACAGCAGGCAGCCUACCCGCAACAGGCAGCCUACCCGCAGCAGGCAGCUUACCCUCCGCAAUAUGCAAGUAGCCAGCAAAGCACGGUAGUAAUAGCGCAGCCGGUGGCUGCAACUGCGAUCAUCACAACUCAAAGUUUUAGAGAAGUGCCAAUAUCUACAACAUGUCAACAUUGUAACCAGCGGAUCGUCACUCACGUGAACUACGAGAUCGGGACAAUGGCAUGGCUUGUCUGUUUUAUUCUUUGGUUCGUCGGAUGUUGGUGUAUUUGCUGUAUUCCGUUCUGCAUUGACAGCUGUAAGGAUGCCGUUCACACAUUGUCCUAACUAAUUGUAACAACCACCUUGGUACCUACACUCGAAUGUGACCAGCCUCACUCCACCGGAAGAACGCUUACUACAUCGCGACUACUUAUUUACUACGGUCCUCAUGUUCCAACAACAAAACAUUUCGUUGGCAUUUUAAUUUACAAUGCGCCCUCUAUGGUGUUCAUAAUUUAUGCUCACAUAUACGUACUGCAAGAUGUUGUCUACGGUAUUUGUAGUUAUUGUUAUAUUGUCAGAAUAAUAGUACAAAAUAAAACCGCCUCAGUCCAGAUAUUUUGAAGAAAAAAAUUUACCUGAAACAAACUUUUUUGGUUGGGCCUUAUAUUUCAUCUCGCAAUAACACUGCAUGGCGAUACCGUAGGGUUUUAAAAUCACAGUAACACAUAGUCUAUCUUCAUCGUGUUAAAAUCAAAUAAUCAGAAACAAAAUCUACCUACAGUUAUCCAUACACAUAUUUCUUGACUAACCGUAUGUAUUAUGUAUUACUGUCAAACGAACAGUCGUAUUUUUAUAUAUGUUUUGAAUGAUGUUAUUUCUACUUUUUAGCUUGUUUUUUUUGUAUCUCACCUGUAUUUGAUUUUGAUAGUACCCCUCCCCCAUAUUUUUGUGGGAGAACUGUACUUAUAUACCUACUGUUAGAACCGAGGAACUGGGGUUGUCAUCACAACAAUGCAAAUAUGUACGAUCAUAUCAUUCUGUUAUUCGAAUGUAUAAAGGCGAUAGUAAUAUGUUAUAUAUUCAAAUUACAAUUUUAUCAAUAUUACAGUCAACCUGCAAAUUUACGUUACGUAUAUAUACUGAAAUGUAUGUUUUUUCACCUAUUUUAUAUGUAAAUAUAUUAUAUUGUGUAUUUUUUUAUCGCAUCUUGAACGACUAAUCAACAUAAUAAUUUGUUAUUCUUGAAUAUAUAUUCUGUAUAUAAAAUUUUAAAA